AGCAGGGAGGGUUACCGGAGGGGAGACAAUAGGAAUAGAUGGCGGCGAGUUAAGGAAGCCAACCUCGAUGCUUAAGCCGUAGUUCUUGACGUAGAAUACAUUUCACUAGAAUUAGAAAAUGAUAAGUAAAGUAAAGGCGGUGGUUUCAGGAUGGUUCCUCUUGCCUCUAAGUCGUGUUCGGAGCAUCCUAAAUAUCAACAAUUCACCUUCUCUCCAAAACCCAUCAAAUCAGGAAAUACAAGCCUUCUAGCAUAUCAACCAUGAAAAACAACAACAACAACAAGAAAAACAUGAAGAUGAGUUCGGGACAAGAGAGUGGUAAUGGUACUACUAACAUCGUUAUUACAGAGACAAGGAAUAAAAAGGUAGAGAGGAAGGCAUCAAUGGACGUGGACCAGUGCGCGGAAGCUUUCAUCACAAAUUUCAGAAAGCAGCUUCUUCUCCAGCGUCUCGAAUCCAUCGACAACAUGCUCUCUCGGGGCCUUUAAAACUAUUUAUGAAUGCACACUUGUUUGUAUGUAUUACUACUCAUGUAUUAUUUAUUUAUUUGGUUGACUCUGAAAGGUCUUGUAUGCAGUAUUUGAGAGAGAAUAAUUGUCAUUUUAGGUUACACUCCA